AUGGCGAUGGCGACGACAAUCCGGAACGCUGCUUCACGGCGAGCUAUGAGCCCGAUCUCCGUCGAUUUCAGUUUGAGAUCUAUGUCUUCAUGGUGGAAGAACGUCGAGCCUGCUCCCAAAGAUCCAAUCCUCGGAGUUACCGAGGCUUUUCUCGCUGAUCCCAGUCCCGAAAAAGUUAAUGUUGGUGUGGGAGCAUAUCGUGAUGAUAAUGGCAAGCCUGUUGUCUUGGAAUGUGUCAGAGAAGCUGAGCGAAGGAUCGCUGGGAGCUCCUUCAUGGAGUACCUUCCUAUGGGAGGGAGUGUCAAAAUGGUGGAGGAAACAUUGAAGCUUGCCUAUGGAGACAACUCUGAAUUUAUCAAAGACAAAAGAAUAGCUGCAGUUCAGUCUCUAUCUGGAACUGGAGCAUGCCGACUGUUUGCAGAUUUCCAGAAACGUUUCUGUCCCGGUUCACAGAUCUACAUUCCGGUACCAACCUGGUCCAACCACCACAACAUCUGGAGAGAUGCACAAGUCCCUCAAAAGACAUAUCAUUACUAUCAUCCAGAAACCAAGGGCUUGGAUUUCUCAGGAUUGAUGGAUGAUGUGAAGAAUGCUCCGGAAGGCUCGUUCUUCCUCCUCCAUGCUUGUGCUCAUAAUCCUACUGGAGUGGAUCCUACUGAUGAACAAUGGAGAGAGAUAUCACAGCUAUUCAAGGCCAAAAAACAUUUUGCAUUUUUUGAUAUGGCAUAUCAAGGUUUUGCUAGUGGGGAUCCAGCGAGAGAUGCCAAGUCCAUCAGGAUCUUUCUCGAGGAUGGUCACCAUAUUGGAAUUUCUCAGUCCUAUGCGAAAAACAUGGGACUCUAUGGCCAAAGGGUCGGAUGUCUCAGCGUGCUUUGUGAAGAUGAAAAGCAAGCCGUGACUGUGAAAAGUCAGUUGCAGCAACUAGCUAGACCAAUGUACAGCAACCCACCUUUACAUGGAGCUCAUAUAGUCUCAACCAUUCUUGGAGACCCAGAGUUAAAGAGUCUGUGGCUAAAGGAAGUCAAGAUCAUGGCUGAUCGGAUAAUUGGCAUGAGAACUACUUUGAAAGAAAGCCUUGAGAAGUUAGGAUCGCCUCUGUCAUGGGAGCACGUAACCAAGCAGAUUGGAAUGUUCUGCUACAGUGGGCUAACACCAGAACAAGUCGACCGCUUAACAAGCGAAUAUCACAUCUAUAUGACUCGAAACGGCCGUAUCAGUAUGGCUGGUGUUACGACAGGAAAUGUGGGAUACCUUGCGAAUGCUAUACAUGAAGUCACCAAGUCAUCAUCUUAA